UGAGCUGAUUCAGAUGAUUUGCAUUCACACGAUUCAGUUGAAUUAGGAAAAAACAAAAGAGACCUUUUUUAGGGCACGUUUAGUCUCCCUCUCGAUCGAUCUGGUACACAUCAAAUAUAAAAUUAAAGUCAGAAUAGGAUAAACGACGAUUCAGAAAACUAUUAAGUUCUUUUUGCAAUCGAUUAUUGUUUCUCGGACGCCAUGGUCGAUGCUUUAUCGAUAAUUCCGGCAGCUGUUCUUAGAAACCUCGCUGAUAAACUUUACGAGAAGCGCAAGAAUGCCGCACUUGAGGUUGAAGGAAUUGUCAAGCAACUGGCAAUUGCUGGGGAUCACGACAGGAUUACUGCCGUUAUCAGUCUUUUAAUUACUGAAUUUACCUACUCCCCUCAGGCAAAUCACCGGAAGGGUGGAUUGAUUGGACUCGCAGCUGCAACAGUUGGUUUGACUACAGAAGCUGCUCAACAUCUCGAGCAAAUUGUGCCACCUGUUCUAAAUUCUUUCUCAGACCAAGAUAGCAGAGUUCGUUAUUAUGCAUGUGAAGCACUUUAUAAUAUUGCAAAGGUUGUAAGAGGAGAUUUCAUAAUAUUUUUCAAUCAAAUCUUUGAUGCACUGUGUAAGCUCUCAGCAGACUCCGACGCCAAUGUCCAGAGUGCUGCACAUCUCUUAGAUCGCCUUGUUAAGGACAUUGUAACAGAAAGUGAUCAAUUCAGCAUUGAAGAAUUUAUACCAUUGUUACGGGAGCGUAUGAAUGUCUUAAAUCCUUAUGUCCGCCAGUUUUUAGUAGGAUGGAUCACUGUUUUGGAUAGUGUUCCAGAUAUUGAUAUGCUUGGUUUCCUACCCGACUUUCUUGAUGGUUUGUUCAAUAUGUUAAGUGAUUCUAGCCAUGAAAUACGGCAACAAGCGGAUUCCGCGCUUUCUGAAUUUCUCCUAGAAAUCAAGAAUUCUCCAUCUGUAGAUUAUGGUCGCAUGGCUGAAAUUUUGGUUCAAAGGGCAGCUGCUCUGGAUGAAUUUACCCGGCUGACUUCAAUCACAUGGAUAUAUGAGUUUGUCAAAUUAGGUGGCGAGCAGCUUGUUCCAUAUUAUGCAGACAUUUUGGGUGCCAUUCUGCCGUGCAUAUCUGAUAAAGAGGAGAAAAUAAGAGUGGUUGCCCGUGAAACUAAUGAAGAGCUUCGUGGGAUAAAUGCUGAUCCAGCUGAGGGAUUUGAUAUUAGUGCGAUUCUAUCCAUUGCAAGGAGGCAAUUAUCUAGUGAGUGGGAGGCAACUCGAAUUGAAGCCUUGCACUGGAUAGCAACUCUUCUGACAAGGCAUCGUGCUGAGGUCUUAUCGUUCUUGGAUGACAUUUUUGACACUAUUCUCAAAGUAUUAUCAGAUCCUUCUGAUGAGGUAGUUCUCCUAGUUCUAGAGGUGCAUGCAUGUAUAGCAAGAGAUGCACCCCAAUUCCGUCAACUUGUUGUUUAUUUAAUGCAUAAUUUCCGAGUUGAUCAUUCCCUUCUUGAGAAGCGUGGUGCUUUGAUAAUCCGUCGACUUUGUGUUCUUUUAGAUGCUGAACGGGUUUAUAGGCAACUAUCCUCAAUCCUGGAGGAAGAAACUGACUUGGACUUUGCAUCCAUCAUGGUUCAGGCUCUGAAUCUGAUUUUACUCACUUCGUCUGAGUUGUCUGAGCUGCGAGCGCUAUUAAAAGGAUCCUUAGUUAAUGCUGCUGGCAAAGAUUUAUUCGUCUCUUUGUAUUGUUCAUGGUGCCAUUCUCCAAUGGCAACAAUAAGUCUUUGCCUGUUAGCUCAGGCUUAUCAACAUGCUAGUUCUGUUAUUCAGUCAUUGAUGGAGGAAGACAUCAAUGUCAAAUUUUUGGUCCAUCUUGACAAGCUGAUUCGCUUGUUGGAGACUCCAAUAUUUGCUUAUUUAAGAUUGCAGCUCCUUGAACCUGGAAAGCAUGUGUGGUUGCUAAAUGCUCUGUAUGGUCUUCUGAUGCUGCUACCCCAGCAAAGCGCAGCCUUUAAAAUAUUAAGGACCCGAUUGAAAACUGUUCCUCCGAACUCCUUCAAUGUUGCGCAGCUGAAGCAAACAUCUCAAAUUGCAGAGGAUAGUGACAUGAAUCAGGUUACAGGAAAUGCACAUAAUGUUAUCAAUUUUGAAAUGAGGCUGCAGCAGUUCCAACAAAUGCAGCAACGCCAUCGUUUACAUACAAAAUCGCGAUUGCAGUCCUGCAACUCCACUUCGUCCAACGCGCCACAGGUUCGAAGACAAGAAGAAGCACGACGAUCGUCUGUGGUGCCAGACCAAACCUCCCUUCCACCUUCAAGAUCAUCACCGCGUGGCCCAUUUCAACAUUAACCUAUGCUCUUUGUUUGCUUCUACUUGUCUCGCUGCAGACAUGAAAGUGAUAACUUUUUAGGUGUGUCCAAGGGGUGACACGGGGCACAUGACUUGAUAUUGAUUUGCAUGCAGCCCCUGAAAGAAAGUAGACAGGCGAAUCUUCCCAAAUUGUAAAAUUGUAUAUUUUCUUGAUUUAUUUGUGUCGGAUAUCUGGAGGUUUGCUGAUGGCAGGAGUUCUUGAAGCUGAAAAGAAAUUAAGAGAGGAUAGAAGGAAGCAAUUAGCCAUAGAGCUUAGGGGGUAGUUCCUGAGCCAUACUUUUGCUCUUCUUUAUUUGUGAUCACAAGUCCAGUUGGUUCUCUUAUUUUAUUGAUUGAAGGACAUCACAUGGGCAGCAAAAAGGAGGGUGGGUGUGUUGAGUCUGUUGAAGGUGGUGGAUGUCAUUGGUUGUAUUAAUGUCAAGUUAGAAAGAUAAUCAUUAUCAAAAAGAAAUAAAAAAUCUACUAGUGAUUAAUUAAAUUGUGUAAUUCUUCCACCUUUUCUUGUUCCUAUACACGAUUAAGUUGAUUUAGUGGUUUCAUUUUUUCUGUAUAAUUUUGUGUUAUAACGAGUUUUCAGCAAA